UUUGCCGCUGUUAUCGGACGAAGAAGUCGUCGCUUGCCAAUGACACAAUAUUCCCGCGGCGUUUCAAUUUUAGCAAGUGAGUACACUUGAGGACAGCUUUGUGGAGAACAAGUGCUUAUUGUAGUUUAAAAAAAAUGCUCAAAAAGAAGACAAGUAGUACUGAUAAGAAAAGGAAAUACUCGCAGUCCGAAGAACGACAUGACAGCCAUAAACGCAGAAGUACGGAGCCUAACUUGGAGCAGGACUCCAAGGAAGAGCUCGCUGACCAAGAGCUGGACAGGAUUGGCAGUGACAUAGAGGAGGGGGGACUGGACCUCAGCCUGCCAUUUCAGCCCAUCACUGCUUACGUCGCUGACAAGCGCGAGAUGCUAGAGCAGUGUUUCCAUGUGCUGGGGGAGAAGAAGCUACAAAAGAUGCUGCCUGAUGAACUCAAGGAUUGUAGUUUAGAGGAAAUCAAAAAGCUGUGCUGGGAGCAACUGGAACCAAUCUCAGAGAAAAAUCUUAUUCAGAUUUUAGCAGGGGAAGAGCUGACAUCUGGAAAUGGGAAUGAAAAUGCAGAGGAGACCUUGGAAAGCCAGCAAGACAAUAAUGUAGACUCUACAUCUUGCCUCAAAGACACAGCAAAAACGGAGGACCUAAAGCAAGAGGGUGGUGGCUCAGGUGAAGAGAGUGAUGUCUUAAGCAUAAAUGCAGACACUUACGACAGUGACAUAGAGGGACCCAAAGAGGAGCACAGUGUUAAAGCUGUGGACGGGGCAGUGAAAUUAGGGGACAGCAGUGGGGAGGUUGCUGACCCAGCUGUAAACCCUGACCCUGCAGAUCCAGAGCCUCCCACGGUCUCUCAACCAAUGGAAACAAAGAAAGACAUUCAAAGCGACAUAGACAGAAGCGUUAGUGAGAUUUUAGCGUUUUCGUCCACUUCAAGCAAAGAGGUGGCUAAAGAACCGAGCGCACCACUGCAGUCUACAGAUGUCACUUUACCUGUUCAAGGCGGACCGGUUUCAAGUCAAGCACCCGCAGCUAGUCAGCCAUCCAUUCAACAACUGGAGCUUCUGGAAUUGGAAAUGAGAGCAAGGGCCAUCAAGGCUCUGAUGAAAGCAAGUGAUGGGAAAAACCCCCUGUGGCAAAAAAUGUUUAAAAUGGUUUAUUUUUAUGUCUUUUUAAAUGGUGUUAUACACUUUAAAGAACUCAGUUUACAGAUGGCGAAUUUAAUUUGUUUUUGAACAAUUUACAACAUAGAUCAGAUUUUUUUUGUUUUGUUAUUUAAACCCAUGGUUUUGUCCUGAGUGUACCAUUCAAGUCACGUUGCAUUAUUACUCCAUAUUGGAAUGAUGUUGCAGACGGUUUAAUGCCAAAAUAAACACACAAAGACCUGUUUUACUCCUA